GGCCGAUUUGACGUUCUCUUAAGUGACCGCUAGCGCUUCAGUCGUGAGAAGGGGAGUUUGAAAGAAAAAUUUCCAGGAAAAUUUAUACGAAAAAGUGCUUUUUACCUUAUACUGCGUAUAUUUUUGCAUUGGCGUGAGCAUGGCGGAGAAUCGAGAAGAGACACUGGCAAACUUUCAGAAUAUCACGGCGAUUGACGACGUGGGUGAGGCUAUUUACCUGCUGGAGGAGAGCAAUUGGGAUUUGUUGACGGCCAUUCACAAAGUCAUCCCUCAGGAUGAUCCGCCGAUGGAGAAUCCACCCCCCUACAGCGUCGCGUCGUCUUCAAUGGCGACAGAGAAGCUUAAUUUGAACAAUCUCGAUGUGACUUCUAAUUCGAGUGUGGAGCCCAUGGCGGGCACGCCAUCCUCCUCAUCACCAGUGAGCAUUGUGUACAACAUUCCGGCAACGAACAGCCGCUCCAGUGGACCAUCAACCUCUGCCAACAACGGCUUCCCGAGUGACGCUACCCAGGGACGCCCGAGAGACGUUAGCUUCACGAUUCACUUCAACAGUCGCGUGCACAACAUCGUGAUCUCCGAUCACGCCACAGUGGGCGAUCUCAAAGCGCGCAUCUUUGAGGCCACGAGUGUUCCGCCGUGUCGCCAAGCACUCACGGGAUUGACUCCGUUUCGCCACCGGGACGCGCAGAACAGUGCAGCCGUCCUGAAGAAUCUCAACGUGGCCAGAGAGAAUGUCCUCGAUCUCACGGAUCUCACAGAUCUGACUGAUGACGGGGAUUCACCGUCACGACUCAAUGAGACGUUCAACCUGAACAUCAACAUCCAGCCGGAUGGGAGGACGAUUCCGCUCAAAUACCCAGGCACUCAGACCAUCCUCGAGGUGAAGUCUGACGUCUUUUCCAUCACUGACAUCGCGGUGAGGCAUCAAUUGUGGUCAGGAUGGCCGGAUAAUGUCUCCAAUGACACUUCACUAGCUCAAUCUGGAAUUGAUCUCGAGCACAAUUUAGUAUUAAAAUCAGCUGAGAACACUUCCACGAAGAGAUCUCAGAGGCAAACGAGAUCAAUGAAUAAUACGAUAGAGCUUGAUUCGGAAAGUUCUAUGGAGGAAUACGAGGACGCCUCGGAAGAUUUCAAUGCGGAUGACGAUCUCUUUGCCGAAUCUCCUCCGCAAAAUCGCCUCAAACACCUGAUGCCUGAUCAAGUGAGUGAUGAAAUUAUUGGCAGCAUUGAAUUUGUGCAGAACUACAUUCAGCGAUAUGGUGAACCACAUCCGGAAUUCUACCAGGGAACCUUGUCUGAUGCCCUUGCUGAAGCAUGUCACAAGCCGGCAAAAGAUAGGAAACUGCUGGCCAUCUACCUUCACCAUGACAGCAGUGUGCUCACGAAUGUAUUCUGCGGUCAAUUAUUGAGUUGCGAGAGUAUCAUUCAGACGCUGAUGCACAACUUCAUCCUCUACGGAUGGGAUUUGACAUUCGAGAGCAAUAAGAACAUGUUUCUGUCUGCGAUCACGGGAGCUAUUGGCACGCCGGCGUCACUCACGGUGCGCAACAUCCCGAUCGAUCGUCUGCCGGCGAUUCUCAUCAUCUCGAAGAGUCGCAGCAAUUGCGAAGUGUUCAGUGUGAUACACGGCAAUGUCGGUGUGGACGAUCUGCUGUCGCAACUGAUGGAGUCCAUUGAUCUCUAUACGGAGCAGCAGCGCGUGGAGAUCCGCGAAGAGAGCGAGAGGGCGGCGCGCGAGCAAGUGCUUCUGGAGCAGGACAUGGCGUACAGGGAGAGUCUGGAGGCGGAUCGGGCCAAAGAGGAGGCGAAGAAGCGGCGUGAGCAGAUGCUGGCCACGGAGCGGAAGCGUCUGGAGUCGGAGAAGGCCGAACAGGAGGCGAGGAGAAUAGCCAUGCGCCUCGAGGCUGAGCGAACUUUGCCCGUUGAACCAGAUGCCAAUCAUCCGGCCGGAGUGACGAAGAUUCGCGUGAGAAAGCCAAGUGGAGAUUUUCUGGAGCGGAGGUUUACUGCCGAUACCAAAUUGAAUAUACUUCUAAACUACAUUACAUCAGUGGGAUUUCCAGUGGCGGAAUACAAAAUGUUCUCCGGAUGGCCAAGGAAAGAUUUGACAACGAUGAACACGGAGGAGACGCUGAAGAACUUGCGCCUGUGUCCGCAGGAAACAGUGAUUCUGGAGGAGCGAUGAUUCAUCAAAGACUGGCAUGGAAACCUUUGAUUGACUCCUUGAUAUAACAGCUUAACAAUUGGCGUGAAGAAGAAACUUAUUUAUCUGUAUUACACUUAAUUACAAUCUCUCAAA